AUGAAAACAUUAUUCAAAGAAAGUAUAACAACACCAAUAACCAAAUCAUAUGAUGUUGGAUCACAACUUGGAACUGGAAAAUUUUCAGUAGUUAAAUCAGCUAUUGAAAAGAGUACUGGAAAAUCAUGGGCAUUGAAAAUGAUGAAAAAGAGUGUUGUACAUGAACAAAAUAUAGUCAAAGAGGUGGAAAUCAUGAUGGAAGUCAAAAAUCCAAAUAUUAUUGCAUUACAUGAAAUUUAUGAAAGUGAUAGUGAAAUUAUAUUGGUUUUGGAAUUAGUAACUGGUGGAGAGUUAUUUGAUAAAAUUGUUGAAAAGGAAUCAUAUACAGAAGAAGAUGCAUCGAAACUAAUUAAUACCUUGACAAAGGUUAUAUACUAUCUUCACAACAAGGAUAUUGUACAUUGCGAUUUAAAACCAGAGAAUCUUUUAUAUUCAGACAAUAGCACCAAUGCCGUUAUUAAACUAUGCGACUUUGGUCUUAGCCAACGUUGUCCCUCUGGUACAACACUUCAAUCGAUGGUUGGUACAUUUACAUACAUGUCUCCUGAAAUCAACAAUGGCUAUGGUUAUGGUAAACCUGCUGAUAUGUGGGCAUUGGGUGUCAUUAUUUAUAUUUUAUUAUGUGGAUACCCACCAUUUGAUGAGACAACAGGAUAUAAUUUAGAGUUUCCAUCACCAGAUUGGGAUCAUAUAUCAGAUACUGCCAAGGGAUUGAUAAAGGCAUUAUUAAAUGUGGAUGCCGUCAAGAGAUUGACUGCAGCACAGACACUAAAGAAUGUGUGGGUGUCGGGUGUAUCGACUGGCAAGGAAUCGAUUAUAGGUACACUCAAGACGUUGCGUGAAUUUAAUACAAUGAGACGGUCGGGUACUACAAUGGGACACAAGGGCACUACGAGAAGCUCUGUGUUUGAGUUGUUCCCUUCACUCACACCUACCAAAGAGGUUGUUGGCCCGUUGGCACACACUGUCGCCACUUCCAACCCACACGAAUCACCUCUUCAAGUCACCCCUCAAUCAUCAUCUACGCCACUCACUCCAACUUCACCUCUACUCAACAACACCAAUGAAUCAUCUUCCAAUGGCAGCGGUGCCAAUGGAAAUCAUGGAACUACUAUUACUGUCAUCCCACCUGCCUCUUCCUCCUCUUCCUCUUCAUCCUCAUCAUCAUCUGGAAAAGAGUCCCCAGAAUUGGAAAAUACACCAAACAAGGGAUCGAGCUCAUCACUUCAAGAUAUACUCAAAAAGCAGUUGAUGACCUCUCUCGAAGUUGCAUCUGAUUCAGAGUUUGAUUCAGAGUCUGAAACAUCGUCCAACUACUUGGCUGAAUCGUGCGAUCGAUUCUCACCCGAAUUAUUAGCAUCAUCGUUGAAUGGAGCUUCAGACCUAAUGCUAGAUAUUGACCGACAAAAACUAGUCGAUCAACUCCAAUCAGAGCGCGAAAAGAACGCCAAGCUCAUCAAGGAACUUGAAGACAUGAAAAAGCAACGCAACAUGAAUGGCCACGGCAGUCUCAGCUACACCACAUCGUCUAGUUCUUUGUCGGCCGGCUUCUCCCUUCUCAGCAGCUCACCACGUAGUUCUCCUCUUUCUCACAGCCGCAACAAUAGUGUUGGCGGCGGUAGUGGUAGUGACACUGAGAAAAAGGAUAAAUCCAAACAUGGAGUUGACCGAAUCGUCACUGAUCUCCAAUCCGAAUUUGAUAAACUCUUCCUAAGCAAAGAGACCAUGGUUAAAUUAAACAGUGUAAUGUCACAGUAUCAACAAAAGAAUCAAGAAAAAUCACUAAAGGUUGAAUUGGAAAGACAAAAAGAGAAAUAUAAAAAGUUAAAGGUUCAAUUAAAGAAUAACAAAAAGUAA